AUGUUUCUCAACGGAAAGGAAGAACCUCUAGACGAUAAACUGCGCUCCGAUUUUAACACCGCCUAUUUAGAACUUGGGGGCAUGGGAGAACGUGUACUUGGGUUCUGCGAUUUCCUUCUCCCAGCCGACAAGUAUCCCAAAGGCUACGAGUUCGACAUAGAAAGGAUAAAUUUCCCACUGAAAGGACUACGCUUCGUCGGGUUGAUGUCGAUGAUUGAUCCACCGCGUGCGGCUGUGCCAGAUGCUGUCGGAAAAUGUAGAUCUGCUGGGAUCAAAGUCGUUAUGGUCACUGGAGAUCACCCGAUUACUGCGAAGGCUAUCGCGAAAUCUGUGGGAAUUAUCAGUGAAGGAGCUGAGACUGUAGAAGAUAUUGCAAUUCGUCGUGGUAUUCCCGUUGAGGACGUUGAUCCAUGUGAAGCAAAGGCAGCUGUAGUGCAUGGUUCAGAUUUAAGGGAGAUGAGUGAGGAUCAGUUGGCAGAGGUUAUCCGUAACCACUCGGAGAUUGUAUUUGCUCGGACAUCACCACAGCAGAAGUUAAUGAUCGUAGAAGGUUUCCAACGACAAGGACAGAUUGUAGCUGUGACGGGCGACGGUGUUAACGACUCGCCUGCUUUGAAGAAGGCUGACAUUGGUUGGUUUGAGUUUUAA